AUGUACAAACCGUUGUUCCUGCGCAUUGUUAGUAGUAUUGAGAAUGGAGUUCCGUACUUCACACAAAGACGAGAUGCAACUGGAAGGCUUGGUCUAUCAGCACUUCAAAAAUGUACGGCAGCUAUCCGUAUGUUGGCAUACGGAUGUGCAGCAGAUGCACUGGAUGAAUAUCUACGUCUGGCUAAAACAACCGCCCACAAAUGCCUUGAAAAAUUUGUAGACGGAGAGAUAAAUCUUUUUGGAGACGAGUAUCUCAGAAGACCUACAUCGGAAGACCUCCAACGAUUACUGAAUAUUGGAGAACAUCGCGGUUUCCCCGGAAUGGUAGGAAGCAUAGAUUGUAUGCAUUGGGAGUGGAAGAAUUGUCCCACGGCAUAG